GCCGAUUGGCCCCUACAUGUCAGUCGCGUUAGUCACUAGUCGCGCUGCACUUGACAGAUCACUUGACAGCAUCUCACUCCUGGUGCUUCUCCUCUCACUACGCUACUACACUUUCUGUAGUAGUAGUAGCCACUUUUCGCCACCCCACCACCUUAGUCACGGACGAUUAUUCUCACUCUCUCGCUGUCCCGCUGACUUCAGCUCGCUCCUUUUGACCAAUGGCUUCCUCCCUCGCUGCCGUCAACUCCCUGAGCGGCGUCCGCUUCGGCGCAUCUCCCGACAUGAUGUCGGCACUCGGAUCGAAGCUUUCAUGCUCUUCGCAGAAUCUCCACGUAUCGCUCAGUCCCGUCACUUGUAGGCGGCGCAGUGCUAACGUGAUUCGCGCUCACAUUGACGAACCGUCGUCGCAGCAUUCCUCCUGGCCAGGGAACGCCGCGCAAUCCGGUGCGAAGCUGCUCGCAGCGGCGGCGAUCGCGGGCUCUCUCGCGCUGGGAGCGGUGGGGCUGCCGCCGGAAGCGGCGCAUGCGGCGCUGAACCGCUUCGAGGCGGAGACGCGCGGGGAGUUCGGUAUCGGCUCCGCCGCCCAAUACGGCUCUGCGGACCUCAGGAAGACGGUCCACAAGAACGAGAACUUUCGGCGCGCGAAUUUCACGUCCGCGGACAUGCGCGAGGCGGACUUCAGCGGAAGCAUCUUCGCGGGGGGGUACCUCGAGAAGGCCGUCGCUUACAAAACCAACUUCGAGGGAGCCGAUUUCACUGAUGCUCUUAUGGAUAGAAUGGUGCUAAAUGAAGCUAAUCUGACAGAUGCAGUGCUGCUGCGGGUGGUGCUCACUCGUUCGGACCUGGGAGGGGCCAUAGUGGAUGGAGCGGACUUCAGCGAUGCCAUCCUUGACCUGCCGCAGAAGCAGGCCCUGUGCAAAUACGCCAAGGGGGAGAAUCCAGUAACAGGCAUGAGCACAAGGAAGAGCCUAGGGUGUGGCAACCGCAGGGGCAAUGCGUAUGGCUCGCCCUCAUCCCCUUUAUUGAGCGAUGCGCCAAAACCGUUUCUGUCCAAAGAUGGAUUCUGUGAUGAUAGUUCAGGGCUGUGCAAGGCAUCUUUUUAAAAUACUGUAGGGAUGUAAGGUGUUGUUUUACAAUCCUGUAAUUGCAAGUGUGAAGCUUCUAACUUUCAAUACACACCAC